AUGUCAGCCCUUGCCGAUGUCAAGUCCGCUGCUGUGGCAGAACAAUUGGAUCGCUUGCCCGACAAGGAACGAGUGGUCGAUGUCAAGACCAUCACGGGCAGUGAUGCCUACGCUGAAGCCUUGAUCAAAGAGCCACCUCGGCUUACCGCCAGAACCAUUGCCCUCCUUGGCUGUCUCCUCUUGGGUUGUUUUGCCCAAACUGUGAAUGGAUUUGACGGUUCUCUGUUCAACGGACUUCUGGCCAACAACCAGUUCCUGACCUUCUUCGGCGGAUCGGCCAGCGGCGAAUGGGCCGCCAUCAACUCCGCCAUGUACCAAAUUGGAGGCGUGUGUGCCCUACCCUUCGUGGGACCCGCCGUCGAUACAUGGGGACGAAGAGUCGGCUUGGCCAUAGGGGCAUGGAUCAUCAUCUUCGGAACCAUCAUCAAUGGCACCUCGGUUUUCGGUGGAGCGGAUGCCCAGCUCAAAGGAGGCCGUUUCCUCCUCGGCUUCGGUGUGUCAAUUAUCGCCUCUGCCGGCCCGAUAUACGUCGUUGAAACCGCCCAUCCGGCAUGGCGCGGUGUCGUAACCGCCUAUUGCAAUACCUUCUGGUUCGUUGGGAGCAUACUCGCCAGCGGUGCCGUCCGCGGCGCUCUAACCUUGACCGGCAAUCGAUCAUGGUUGAUUCCAGUCUGGCUCCAGCUGUUCUUCCCCGGAUUCAUCGUCCUGUUGGUAUGGUUCAUCCCCGAGAGUCCUCGAUGGCUGUACGCACACAACAAGCGUGAAAAGGCGAUCGCCACCCUUUCGAAAUGGCACGGAGAAGGCCGUGUAGACUCUGCGUGGGUUCAGCUUCAAACGUCGGAGUACGAGGAAUACUUGAACACCAAUGGCACUGAUCGACGCUUCUGGGACUACAGCGCUCUCUUCCGCAAUCGAGCCAGCCGCUACCGAAUCGCCUGCAACUGCACCUUUGUCAUCUUCGCCCAAUGGGCCGGGAACGGAGCGCUGACCUACUUCCUCGUCGCCGUUCUUCACACCGCCGGCUACCGCUCCUCCAUCACCGAUGCCAACAUCAACCUCGCAUACUCCUGCUUCCAAUUCUUCUUCGCCCUCUGCGGAGCCGCGCUUGUUGAGCGAGUUGGUCGUCGUCCCCUGAUGAUCGGCAGCAUGACCGGGUGCUGCAUCGUCUGGAUCGGCAUGACCAUCGCCACUUCCCGACUCGCCGCGUCCAACGACACGGACAAGGCUGCCGGCCAGGCUGCUCUCGCCAUGAUCUUUCUCUUUGGCGCCAGCUUCUCGAUCGGCAUCACACCGCUUCAGGCACUCUACCCUGUCGAAGUCCUUUCCUAUGAGAUGCGUGCCAAAGGAAUGGCCUUCAGCUCCCUAGCAGUCAACGCCGGUGGCCUGCUCAACCAAUUCGCCUGGCCCAUCUCUCUCGCCAAGAUUGGCUGGAAGACGUAUAUCGUCUUCACCAUCUGGUGUGGCAUCCAAGCCAUCGUCUUCUACUUCGUCAUGCCUGAAACUCGCAAGCGCACGCUGGAGGAGCUCGAUCGUAUCUUUGAGGCGCGCAACCCUGUCAAGGCAUCUCUGGCCACUCGUGAGAUUGCGAUUGAUGCUGAAGGCACCAUCAUCGCGUCUGAGGUCAAUCCUGUUGUUGACGCCAAGGUAUGA